CUUGAUGCGAAUCAGUCUACAAUUUAACACCACACAAACAGGCACAAAAUAUCACUCGACGCACGUGUGUGACGAGUUGGCAAGAGACGUCACGUUGCCGGUGAAUCUGCUUUUGGAGCAAAAGUCUUCUAUUUUUCCAUCCUGAUAGUGUAGAUUUUACGAAAUGGAGUGCAUUUAUCGAUUACCGUUCUUGGUCCUGGAAGUGCCUAAUUUAAAAUUAAAGAGACCGUCCUGGUUCGUGAAGCCUAGUGCUAUGGUGGUCUUUUCGUUUAUCCUUCUAUCGUACUUUUUGGUGACAGGAGGAAUUAUAUAUGAUGUAAUUGUAGAGCCACCCAGUGUAGGAUCUACAACAGAUGAACAUGGUCACUCGAGACCUGUAGCAUUCAUGCCAUAUCGUGUGAAUGGGCAAUAUAUCAUGGAAGGACUAGCCUCUAGUUUCCUUUUUACAGUAGGAGGAUUGGGCUUUAUCAUCUUGGAUCACACUCAUAGUCCAUCAACACCAAGACUCAACCGAAUUCUUUUGAUUUUUGUUGGAUUUCUCAGCAUACUUGUGUCGUUUGUUGCGUGCUGGAUAUUCAUGAAAAUGAAACUUCCGGGUUAUCUGCAAUCCUAAAUGCAAGUAUAGAACUAUAAAAUUUUUCAUAUAUAUCUCAAAGAAGUUUUAUAUUCUAUUUUUGUGUAUAUGGAAUAUUGUUACAAUAGAUAGGAUAUUGUAACGGUGAAUAUUGGUUAAAUACUUUUGUAAUAAAUUAUAAGUUAAACAAGUUGUUUAUUUUUAGCAUUAGUUUAUAUUACGCAAUGUAAGAUGGAUUUUGAUCACUAUAAAUGAGUAUACAUGAUUAUAGUAUUAAUAUAAUGAUAUAUAACAUUAUAUAAAAUAUCUA